AUGACUAGUUCUGGGGUUGAGUGUUCUAGUGGAUCUGGGGAUAAAACUGAUCCUACUGUCAACUUUGAUGAUCCUUUAUAUGUUCACCCUUCAGAUAAUACUGUUACUAGUGUUAUCAUUUUCAAGUUGUUAGGAACUGAAAAUUUUAGGAUCUGGCGUAGUUCUAUGGUUAGAGCUUUGAAGGCUCGUAAUAAACUUGGUUUUGUUGAUGGAACCGUGUCUAAACCUGUUAAAGACCCUGUUAAAGAGUCUAAAUGGGAACGUGCUAAUGCCAUUACUUGUUCUUGGAUUCUUGGUUCUAUUUCUGAGAACUUAUAUGCUAACCAUGCUUGUUUAGAAAGUGCUUAUGAUCUUUGGAAUGAAUUAAAUGAAACUUAUCAUAAAACAGAUGGUUCAGUUAUUUUUAAUGUCCAUCAAAAAAUUGUAUCUCAUUCUCAAGAUGAUUCUUAUAAUCAAGUUAAGAGUCAUAUCUUGUUAAUGGAUCCUCUUCCUUCUGUCAAAACUGCUUUCUCCUUAUUUCUCAGUCUCAUUGGUGACAAUAAGCAAGGGUUAGAUGAUACAUCUGUCAAUGCCAAUAUGGCAGGCAUUUCAUGUAACUCAUUUAUUGAUAAUAAAUGUUCUAAAUGGGUUGUUGACUCUGGAGCUAGCCAACAUAUGAUUAGUCCUGAGUCACAUCUCCAAGAUUCAAAUGAUGUUUCUAGACUAAAUAUAAGGGUUAGUCACCCAAAUGGAUCUUCUGCUCAAAUUAAUAAAAUUGGGAAUAUGCAGUUAUCAAGUUCUGUUACAUUGUUUGAUGUCUUUGUUAUUCCAGAUUUCAAUGAUUCAGAGUCCAAGGGGACGGUGGAGACUGGUAAUCAAUCUGUUGGUCUUUAUUAUCUUGAUCCAUAUGUGGCAGAUCAGUUUCAAGUUAUUGUUAAAACUAUAAGAACUGACAAUGGAACUGAAUUUAUUAAUUCUCGUUUUAAAACAUUUGGUGAUAGUCAUGGUAUUAUUCAUCAAACUUCUUGUGUUUACACUCCACUACAGAAUGGAGUUCUAGAGAGGAAACAUCGGCAUAUUCUUAAUGUUGCUAGGUCUUUAAUGUUUCAAUCAGGAGUUCCACUAAAGUACUGGGGUGAUGCUAUUCUCACAUCAGUUUUUUUAAUUAAUAGAACUCCUUCUUCUGUUUUAAAAGGACUUUCUCCGCAUGAGUUAGUUUAUAAAAAGUCACCUAAUUUUGAUAAUCUUCGUGUGUUUGGGUGUAUGUGCUUUACUACUAAUCUAAAUAAUUCUGAUAAGUUUUCUCCUCGUUCUGAAAAAUGUGUUUUUAUGGGUUACUCUUUAGAUAAGAAAGGGUAUAAAGUCUUGAGUCUUGAUUCAAAAUCUAUUGGGUCUGACCCAUUUUCCGAUGAUGAUCCUGUUAUUUCUAAAAAUUAUGUUGAUGAUAGUGUGUCUAAUAGAACUCAAGGACUGGAUCAUCAUUUAGAUGAUAGUAGUUUAAGAUUUAAAGAGUACAAUGUGCCUUUGAUUGAUGGGUCUGGUCCUAGUUCUGUUAGUUCUCCUGAUUCUUCUGUUAGGACUGAGGAAAAUAUUUCUUUUAUUCCUGAUUCUUCUGAUACUGAGUCUAUUGGUCUUAUUCGUACUAGAAGAGAAACUAGAUUUCCAUCUAAAUUUAGUGAUUAUAUUGUAGAAGGAAAAUAUAAAUAUGGAAUUGAAAAAACUCUUAAUUAUUUAAAGUUAACUUCUGAAAAUAAAUGUUUUGUUUCUAGUCUUGAUAAAACUGUUGAACCUCAAUCGUUUUAUGAGGCAUCACUUAAUCCUGAAUGA